AUGGGCGACGUCAGGCAUGCAGACGCCACCGUGUACAGGAGAGGAUGCAAUAUAUUCCUUGCUGACAGGGCGAACGUUUCGAGGAAUUCGACUGAUAGUUUAAGAAAUAUAAACUACCUAAGAAUUUUCGUCAAAGAGCCUUCAAGGAGAGGAACAAAAGCCCUCCUUUUUGUGCCCUCCGGUCUGUGCACGGACACAAAGAUACACUGCAAUUUCUCUCCGGAAUAUGGAUCUCCAAUCAAGGUUGGACUUAAAGAUGGAGUUAAGAAGACUGAAGUUGGUGCAGGAAGGGGCACUGCAUCUGCACCCAUCGGGAGCACCGCUCAGCAGCAGGCAGUGGCACAACAAGCAGCUUCAGCACAACACAAGUCUGAUGAGCCAACUGACUGUUACCUCAAGGAAUUGUACGCACAGAUUACGUCGGUAGUUGCUUCAAAGCCUGAUGAGAAGGAUAACAUUAAUGAAGAUGAGAGCGAGGAUCCGGCUGCCGUGCCCAUGAUCUGGGUGAGCAAGUGGGUUGACUACAGCGAUAAAUAUGGUCUUGGAUACCAGUUGUGUGAUGACUCCAUUGGUGUGCUCUUCAAUGAUUUCACCAAACUUUUGUUGCUAGCUGAUGGAGAGAACAUUCAUUACAUUGAGCGUUCAAAUGCUGAGCACUACCAUACACUGAAGAGCUACCCAGGAGCAUUAAACAAAAAGGUGACACUGCUGCGCUACUUCCGUAACUACAUGAAUGAACACUUAUUGAAGGCAGCUGCCUCUAUGUGCCCAAGGGAGGGUGAUGAGCUUGCCCGAAUCCCCUCACUCAGGACCUACUUCCGGACACGAUCCGCCAUCAUUCUUCACUUGACUAAUGGAACACUUCAGAUCAACUUCUUUGAAGACCACACCAAGAUUAUUCUGUGUCCUUUGAUGGGUGCUGUCACAUACAUCGACGAAAAGAGGAAUUUCAAGACCUACAGGCUGGCCAGCCUUGAAAAGUAUGGAUGCCGACCUGACCUUGCGAACCGCAUGCGCUAUGCUCGCAACAUGAUUCAAAAGCUUAUGGUUACGAAAUCCUCUACGACCAAGUCCUCCACUGCUUCUUCCUCUGCUGCUGCCCAGCACACUCAGCCCACCACUGCUUAAAUAGUGCAACGAUAAAAGUUACUGUCCAAAGGUUGAAUAUUUAUUCACCAGUUUUCUAGUUAUCUAUUGUUUAAGCAUAUAUGUGCUAGAUCUAAACUUGGUUAGAAUAGUGACAAUUUUUAGCAUGUUACCUAAGUUGAAGAACAUAGAGCACUUCUGUAUCUCUUCCUACCUGUGACUACAAGUGUCCAUGAAGUAUGCCACUGUGGCAGUGCUUUGGAGGUGCUGGAUAUAAAUAUCCAUUCAGGUGGAUUAACUUGUACCAAAGUGAUGAAUGUAUGUUAGGAUACAUCUUUGUAAUUAGCCUCAAAAGACUGACGGGAAAAGUCAGUUUAGGUCAUAGUAAGUCCUGAUUUAUAUUUUCUAAUAAUUUUCAAGGAUACACACUAUUGCAUGAGUAAAGACUUAGGUUUUAUGAUGGUUAUAAUAAAACCUGAUAGAAUGAAGGGUGCAACUUCUAGCUUGGAAUCAAGAUUUAGAAAAUGAUUGAUCUCUUAUACUUGUAAAGGAUCUUGUUUCUUGUAUCAUUGCUAACUAGCCCUUUGGUUUCAUAUCUGUUAGCAUGUUACACUGUAUGCUACUUAGUUCGCAUCUAUGGUUAUGCUAUAUUAAUGAAAUGGAAAUCCUAUAUAUUUAUUGUUUUUAAACAUGUUGGUUUUAUUUAUAGGAUGUUUUUUUAAGUUUGCAAUAACUGAGAGGAAAACACAAGGUGAAUCACAGUAUUUUGUACUACUAAUUCAUAAUUUUUAAAGAUAUUAUUCUAGUACAUGACUUUAUUCUGUUUGGUUUAGCUUAUGGAUUUCUAUUAUAAUAUUUUUAUAUUGGUUUUGAUUGUAUCUGGGGAGUAUAUUACUGUAUAGGAUAUACCAAACUCAAGUGUGCUAGGGAAUGACUAUGAUUUUUUUGUUUUCAGUGCUAUUGGGAAAUGUUGUUAUUGGAAGAUGGGGGUGAAAUUAAGGAUAGAUUGUGAUUACAAGAAUGUUCUGGCCAGUCCAGAGACAGUUUUAAUAUUUUUUUUUAUGAUCUUGAAAGAGUGAGUCCCAUACAUUGUGCCCUUAUGCUGAUAUAAGGAAUUAUUAAAAAAAACAUUGGCUAUUAAACUGUUUAUUUUAUGUGAACUCAUGUUCACUCAUGUUCUUCCUUUCCCUGUAGUAACAUGAAUGUAAAUAAUAACUGGUAGAUUGUAAUGUGUUUUGUACUCCCUGAUUGUAACAUUACAUACUGACUGUACUGACAAAAAUAGUAUAUAUUUGGGUUUAAAGUCAAGGAAAUUUAUUUAUAGAUUUUCAUAUUCCACACUGCCUUGCAAGAAAGAUUUCUGGUCACAUAUUUUCAUCUGACUGCAUAUCAUUUUGUUCAUUAUUUCCACAACUGUUUUGUAAUAUCACGCUGUAUGUUUAUUUUACAUCUUGUAUCUCUAUCUCUUUAUUUUACGUGAUACAUAAGUGUACAUAGUCCAUGCAGUAAUAAAGUAUGUAUAAUUAAGAA